GAGUCAGUUUGUGUUGUAGACGCCAAGGCUAUAAACGUUUUUGAAUCAGCUGUUCCUACGCGCUUGUAGUUGUCCGCCAGAAAUUGGAAGUGUCAGUCUUAACUGUUGGCCCCCCUCCAUUUUGUGCCUCACUAGAGUUAAUUAUGUGUUUUGAUACUGACAUCGUCGUGGAAUUCCGAUCUCAGGAAAUUAGUGUGGCCUCUGCAGCAAGUGAAGUGCUCUUAGUCAAUAUUUCUCUUUUACGAUACAUAUAUUUCUGAAGUAGUUUCAAUAGCUUCAUACAAAGGGAUCUGAGGCUCGUGAAUUUGUGAUUUUAAAUUCCGUCGCAAAUGUGGAAUCUGAUACACUAUUUUCGUGAUCAUUAUUUGUUUAAAAAAGGAAACCUAUGGAAUGAAUAAGAUGAAAUUAUUACCUUCUUAUCACACCGCAAUUGUCUUUUGAAAUAUUUUCGCAAUUAAUUAACUCAAAUAAUAUUCAGAUUUAGAUGCGAGGUCAAAAAUUGCAUUGUGUUUAUACAGUUAUUUUACCCAUUUGGUAUAUUCAUCUGUGUGAUAUAUUCUUUUCAUUACAACAUCUUUCCAUCCAUGGCACAGUGUGUCUCUAACGCCAUGAAAAGUGGCCGUCCUUACCGGAAAGUUCCUCAGGGUCUCCAUUCCACUACAACGAAAACUGUAGUUAAUGUAUGACGUAACUAUCAUUUGAGGUUUGAGUUUGAAAGUUUUCUUUGCGAUUUUUCGCUCUGUGCUCUAAAAAUCGUGAUGUGUGUGAAAGUUGCGUGUGGUGGAAUCUAGUAGGAAAAUACAGACAAUGCUCCAUACCACAAUAAAUUCUCAGGGAAGUGACACAGUGUUUGUACUUUGAAAACAGAUUAUGCUAAUAACCAUGGAAAUUCCAGGAGAUACACUAAGCGGAGUUGUGAGUGCUUGGAAUGAUAUGAUGGAAACGGAAAAUGAGUCACUUCAGGAACGAGUGGCUGAUUUGGAGAAAAAGGUGCUGGAGCAGGGUGAUGAGAUUGUCUGCUUGCGCUCUACAUUAGCAGAUGUAUUAAGGCGUCUGAACCAGCUUGACUCUCGGAGCAGUGGCGAUUAUAAUCGAGCAAGUGUUCCAGUGCGGAAUGGCAGUGGUACAAGCGCCAGAGUGGCAAAUCAGAGCAAUCAUGUUGGUGCAGGAAAAGACUCCCAUGGAAGUGCUUCACGUCUGCGCCAGACAGCCUACCAGCAGCAUAGUGGGAUGACAGAUGCUGCUUUUAAAGAUUCUCUCCGUAGAACAGCCAGUUGUGCCCCAUCCUCGCUUCCACAGAGGCGGGUGGUUCAUUAUCAGUCAACAGGAUCAUUACACUCUGAUAGUCCCAGUUCAACUAGCAUAUCUCCUGUGCCAACUUCUCCCUCCCCUACACAUACCCCACCACCACCACCUCCUUCAGGGGGUCGCACCACACCUAGCCCCCGCACCCCACAACCACCACAGCAACGACCCAGCUCAGUGGCAUCUAGUUCAGGCAGCUUGCACAAACGCUGGAGUUCCACUGGAGACUUUAACAACUCUGGUAUUACAUCACCCACUGGUAGUCUGAUUGGUUCCAACAGCAUGGCCAUUGCAUCCAGACUAGCAACCAAGUCAUUGUUUAACCUGUACAUGAGGCCACAGCAGCACCAGCAGCACUUGCUAAAGCAUGGGACUCGAGAUGCAACAUACAAUGAGGAGGAAGGUUCAGUGCGUUUCUUUCUCCGUGGGCGGCCUAUUGUCUUGUAUGCCCCCACAGCCAUUGCUGAGACCUAUGACAUGUUGAAAGUGGCUACAGCACCUCAGAUUCGGCUGAAACUUGAGUGGGUAUAUGGCUAUCGAGGUCGUGACUGCCGUUCAAAUUUACAUCUCCUGCCUACAGGUGAAAUUGUAUAUUUUGUAGCAGCUGCAGUUGUCCUAUAUAAUGUAGAAGAGCAAUCUCAGAGACACUAUCUUGGUCACACUGAUGAUGUCAAGUGCCUUACAGUUCAUCCCAACAAACUUCUUGUAGCUACAGGGCAAGCUGCUGGGCAUGACAGAAGAGAAGGACGGUCAUGGAAAUUCAACCCGCCUCCAGAUCGGAUGGCACCUGAGGCAGAGCAGUGGCCUCAUGUUCGAGUAUGGAACUCAGUGAGCCUUCACACAUUAGCUGUCAUUGGUAUUGGCGAGUUUGAACGCUCCAUUUGCUGCUUAUCCUUCUCAAAAGCUGAUGGAGGAGUGUUACUGUGUGCCGUGGAUGAAGCUCCAGAUCAUAACAUCUCCAUUUGGGAUUGGCAACGAGGGGAACGUGGGCAGAAGAUCACAGAGACUAAGUGUUCUGCAGACACAGUUGUGGCAGCAGAGUUUCAUCCCAUGGAUCGCCAGAGCAUUGUGACCUGUGGAAAGUCACAUAUUAGCUUCUGGACCUUGGAUGCUGGUGGAACUUUAUAUAAACGUAUGGGCAUAUUUGAGAACAGAGACAAGCCAAAGUAUGUAACAUGCUUGGCUUUUACACAGACUGGUGAUGUGGUCUCAGGUGACUCAAAUGGCAACAUCAUUGUCUGGGGCAGAGCAACAAAUACAAUUAGCAAGUUUUUGCGUGGACUGCAUGAAGGGUCAGUAUUCUCAGUGUGUGUGAUGAAGGAGGGGAAUUUGGUGACUGGUGGUGGAAAGGAUGGGCGCUUGGUGCAGCUAGAUGCCUCUCUGAAUCCAACUGGUCAAGAAACUCGUGUACCUGAACAUUUGGGCCCUGUACGUGUCAUUGCGGAGGGUCGUGGUUCACAGCUGCUGGUUGGGACAACCAGGAACUGCAUAUUGAUAGGCAGCUUGGAUUUGGGCCUCACUCCAGUUGUUUGUGGCCACACAGAUGAGCUGUGGGGUCUAGCCAUUCACCCCAGUUUGCCACAGUUCCUCACAGGGGGUCAUGAUCAAUUGGUCACACUGUGGGAUUCAAUGAGCCACUCAGUGGUGUGGAGCAAGGAUGUUGCGGAGCCUGUGCAGUCAGCAACAUUUUCUUUGGAUGGCAGUGUAUUAAUCAUUGGAUGUACCACGGGGCACUGGUUUGUCAUGGACGCAGAAACCCGAGAAGUAUAUUCAACGCAUACUGAUGGAGCAGAACCCAUACAGGUUGUGAAGUUCUCACCAGAUGGCGCUUUACUUGCCUUAGGAUCUCGUGACAAUAAUAUCUAUGUGUAUCAAGUAAGCGAAGAGGCACGGAAGUAUAGUCGUGUGGGACGCUGCAUGGGUCACUCAAGCUUUGUCACACAUCUUGAUUGGUCUACAGAUAGUCAAUACAUUCAAAGCAAUUCUGGGGAUUAUGAGCUACUCUACUGGAAUGCUGGUUUGUGUCGCCAAGUACCUCAGUCAUCACAGCUGCGUGACGUGGAAUGGGCCAGUAACUCAUGUACACUGACUUUCAGUUCUCUUGGUAUCUGGCCGGAAGGUGCUGAUGGUACAGAUGUGAAUCACUGCGACCGUUCGCAUAAUGGAGAACUAAUGGCAACUGCAGAUGAUUUUGGGAAAGUUAAGCUAUAUUCAUACCCUGUAAUUCAACCCAGGUCACUGUGCCACACAUAUGGAGGCCACAGCAGUCACGUAACUAAUGUCUCAUUCCUACAUGAUGACUCACGACUCAUCUCUACAGGAGGUCGCGAUACAAGUGUGAUGCAAUGGGCACUCUCCUAAUUGGGUCUCACAGAAGAAAUCUUAUGUGAAAGUACUACUACAUGGAAACACUCUCUUCAGAAGAAUAUGUAGUCUGAACAAGUUAUAAAGAUAUGCUAUAUAGAAAGCAAGACAAGACACAUAAUGUACUAUCUAGCAAGAAAGAAAGAAGCAGAUACUUGUCAUAGGCAAAGUAUAGAAUCCAGCACUGCAAAGAAUACCUCAGAACAUCAUGCACUGUUUGGAAAGUUUAACGUUUCUAGGAAUGCUGUGUAAUACCAAACAUGAUUCUGGCAAGGUGUUAUAACUGAAAAAGCAAUAUCACUUAGGUCUGUUGCUACUCAGCAGUCAGUUGGAACUGGGCAAGCAUUGUUAAAAUGAUCAUGCAAAACAGGGCAUCAGAAUAAGAAAUGUUUGUUGGAAACAAGUUUUUAUAUCACUGUAAAUGCCAGGCCAGUGUGCCAUGUUGCAACAAGCAAUGUUACAAAAAACUAAGGCAUGUGUAUUAUUUUGCUGGUAAGCUUUGCUAAUAAUUACUCAUGGUUUUGGCAUCAGUCUUAAAUGUUAUUUGAGUUGGUCAUGUUGCAAUGAGUGAAGUCAUUUCCUCUCCAAAUAGUCACCAACUUAAUAAGAUCUUUCAUUACAUCAUUGAUAAUUAAUGUUUAUAAUAAUAAUAACAACAUACUUAUAUUUCAGUAGCCCCCACCUCCUCCAUUCAUCAUUCAGCAUGUCAGUGGUUUAAAGAACAAAUAUUGUGUGUCCAUUGUCCAAUAUACAGGUCACUGGUGUACUUAAAUUAAAGAUGCACAAACUCAGUGUUCUGGUUUGACUAUAUUUUCAGGCCUUUCUCCAUCACCAAGGUUAUGCCUGGACUUAUGGUUAUUGUGCAUAACCCUUCAAUGAUACAGCAGUUACACAUAAAUUCACAGUAGCAGUACAGAGAAUUUAAAGUGUGAAAUGGGUGCAUAUUAAUUCUCUAGUCCUUUGUAUCUGCACCUCGUUUGGUUAGUGGUUUAGUGAUGUUUUACAUAUUGCAAUGCAACAAAAAUCAUUUUGAAAAUUUAUGAAUACAGUACUUAUUUGUAUGAAUUCAUUAAUUUGUUAUAUGUUUUACAAUUUCUAACAUUUAAGGUAAAUAUAAAGUUUGGAAAAUAUGAAAUAUUUAAUACAGAUGACUGAGUUAUGUAAGAGAAAAUGUCUUACCUCUAUAGAUAUCAAAGUGACAUUGCAGUAAUAUUUUUCUACCCUUGAAGCCUGACACAGUCAUACUUUGAAUAAGUUUGUUGUUUUAGCUGCCUUAAUCACUGGAUUCAUGUAUACUAUGUAACAUAAACUGUCACCUUCAUCAACACAUCUGCUUGAAUCACUGUUCAUCACACUAACCUCCAUGCUAAAAGCAUUACUACAUACAGUGUCCUAGGAGGAAGUGACCAAAUUGAAGGAGGUUAUUAAUCAGAUCAUUCUGGAUAAAAAAAAUUAAAUGAAUACAUAAUACAUAAGGAGAUAUAGUUUGUUAAAGAUUAUUAUGGAUAUAAUUAAAACAGACAGAAUUAAAAUAUCUGAAGAUCAUGGAUAUAUUCAAACUAUGCACAUUCGACUUCAAUACAUCGUCAAAGGCGCACAGUUCAAAGACAGAGGCCAUCUUGAAACAACUUAAUUUUGUGUAUUUCAUUAUGUGCACUGUCCUUAAUGAUCUUUAAUAAACUGUAACUCCUUACUUGUUGCAAACAGGAUACAUUUUCAUAUGGCUUUUUUUUUUUUAUACAGAAUUACUCAGUUAAUAACCUUCAAUUUGGCAACUUCCUCCCUAUAUACCAUAAGGCUCCGAAGCAAAACUACUUUACCUUUCAUAAGAAAUACUAAGUAAGCCAGCUUUGUGUGGUACUGUUUGAAAUAUGGAUAAACACAGAUGCAGACAUCUUCAAGGGCGACUUUUGAUAGGCCACUGGUUUUACUCUCCAAAGUCAAACUGUAAGAUACGAACUACUUGUGAUGUUGAUCAACAAUGAUUUGAUGUUGAUUCUGGAUUUAUAUCUUAUACUGCAUGAAUGAGACUUCUUAUGGAAUGUUCUUGACACCUUAUAUUAUAUUUAUCUGAGUGUAUCCCCACAUGAUCAAUGAAAUUGAAGACAUUCACGGUACUUAGGCUUAUUAAGCAGAAGAACAGUUUGUUGCUCAAUUUCCAUGUUUUCUGGGAGAAUCUACAAGGGAGUACCAUCAUAACAUUCAUAUCCACAAAACCUGUGUUCUUAUUGUUGGAUUCUAAGCACAGAAGUUUUAAUGCGUUCCUUUUCUCUGUAACAUAAUGACUGGAUACAGAGAGGUGAUGUAUGUUAGUGACAAGAUGUAUUUCCCGUUUGUCUUUCAAAGAGCACUGGUGCCUUCUUUUACAUUACAAGUGAUAUCAUCUGUCUUCAAUUUCAAGUUCUCUUGCACAAAGUGUAUUGGCAUACCCUUCCUAAUGUGAUAAGCAGUCUUACAUCAGAAAAAUAAUUAUCCAUUAAGACUUAUGUCCAACUUCCUCAAUUUUUAUUGUCAGCUGCAACAGCAUUCACAUGUUGCUUUCCUAGAUAACAUGACAUGUCAUAUGACUGCCUAUUUUAUCUUUUCUAAUGGCUUUUUCAGUUCUUUUAUGUCGUUCAUUUGUUGUGCAUGUUAAAAUGGAAGUAUUCUUAGGAAACUAAUAACAAAAAUAACGAUGUGCCUAACGGCACAGAAGACAAAGUGUACAGUGUGGUGGUCUCCCCCCACACCCAAGAAAAAAAGUUGC